AUGAUUUCCAGUGACAAUAACGACGAUGUUGAUAUAUAUGAAAGCUUUGACAAACUUAACUGCAGAAUGGAUACCGAAAAUUUCAGUGAUGAUACUGCCUUUCAGCAGGUUGUAAAAAAUACCAGUAAUGGUAGAAAAGCACCGCUGCUAGGAAGAAGUUUAAACACUUCCAAUAUCCGAGGACCUAAUUAUGUACCCAUAGCCAGAGUACCUACUGCAGCUAAUUUAAGAUUAGCAACAGCUUCGGGAUUUGGGAGCGGAGAUGGUGGCAGACCAAUGACUUCUGUCAGAGCAGCAGGCUAUUCUUCGAUGGGUCGUAGGUUAAGUACGUCUCAAUCAGUGAACCAAGGUUGGACGAGUGGACAGGCAGUACCGACAAAUAUCGAUGUUGGUGGUGUUCCUCCAUUGGAGACCAAACCAGAAGAUAGUCCUGAAGAACGUAUCAAAAAUAUGGAGAAACGAGUGAAUAACUUAAUCGAAGAAAGCUGUAUAGCUGCAUGUCAAGGAGAGAUAACUGUUGCUUUAGAGAAAGCUAAAGAAGCUGGUCGAAAAGAGCGUGUGCUUGUUAGACAAAGAGAGCAACUUGGUGUUGCGGAUCAAGUCAAUUUAGAUUUAACAUAUUCAGUCCUCUUCAAUUUAGCUAAUCGUUAUACAGCCAGUGGAAUGUAUCAAGAAGCAUUGAACACAUACCAGGCUAUUGUUCGAAAUAAAAUGUUUGCUCAUGCAGUCAUAAUUCACGUGUUAUUCGCAGUAUUUGCAAGUUUUAUUAGGUUACAGUAA